AUGCCUGAAAUUCUGGGAAACCAUGUCGGCGCUCUUGGCUACGGCCUUAUGGGCUUCACUUGGCGUCCCAAACCAACACCUUUAGAUCAGGCUCUUGAAGCUAUGCACACAGCCUUCGCCAAUGGCUGCAAUCUCUGGAGCGGCGCUGAGUUCUACGGACCUCCAGAGUAUAACAGCAUGACUCUCAUCAAGGCAUACUUCACAAAAUUUCCAGAAGAUGCUGAAAAGAUCACCAUCGCCAUGAAGGGCACUUACAACCCUGAUACGUUUCAACUUGAUGGGUCUCCCGAGAAUGUGCGCAGGUCUAUUGACAAUGUGCUCAAUCAACUGGGCGGUGUCAAGAAGCUUGAUAUCUUCGCACCCUCAAGACGAGACCACAACGUUCCCUUUGAAGAAACACUCAACGUCAUUCAGAAGGAAUAUGUUGAUAGCGGCAAGGUCGGUGGCAUUGCCCUGUCAGAAUGCAGUGCCGAGACUAUCGAAGAAGCCGUGAAGCAUGUCAAGGUCGCUCUCGUCGAGGUCGAAUGCAGUCUGUUCAGCCCCGACAUCCUCAAGAAUGGCGUUGCUGCUGCGUGUGCUAAGCACAAUAUUCCUAUCAUGGCCUACGCGCCUAUUGGACGUGGCAUGUUGACGGGCCGCUUUGCCGACAGCUCUCAAUUCCAGGGCCAGGGCAUUGCCAGCGGAUUCCCGCGUUUCCAGCCAGAAUCCUUCCAGCACAACCUCAAGCUCGUUGAUCAAGUCAAGGCAGUAGCAGAAAGGAAGGGAAUCACACCUGCACAGCUUGCCAUCAACUGGGUUAGAGGACUAAACGGCCGCGAGGGAAUGCCUACCAUCAUUCCCACCCCUGGCGCGACCACAACAGCUCGAGUCGAGGAGAAUGCCCAGUACUUCCCGCUUUCGGAGGAAGAGAUGGAGACUCUCGAGGAUAUAGCCUACGUAUUUGAGGUUUCUGGCGGGCGGUAUCCUGAAGGCGUGCCAAUGGAGGCCUAACUGUGAGACAAAGUCUGUGGUUGAGUUAGAACACGGUUUCAAGAUAGAAAUGAGAAACAAUGAG